AUGCGAUUCCUUACCAACAACAACGUCCCGGCCACGAUCAUCGCCGUCACCAUCGCUUUGCUGGCCAUGCCCGCUUUCGUCGCUGCCACGCCUGUGCCCUGCCCCGACCGUACCCGCGACCUGGUCCUCAAUAACAAGCUCGACCCUUCCGCGUGCUGCAGCUACGGCGUCUGCAAAGGCGACGUCAACAUCCAAGGCGCGUAA